UAAUAAAGGCUCAUCCAACAAUACAAAAAAGAAAAACACUUUGUAUUCCUACACAAGUAGGUAUUUGUACUAAUAUAUAAGAUAUCGCGUGUUAUUUACCUGCUACAUUAAAAUGUUAUACCUAUAGAUCCAAAUACAUACGACUGAUAUGAUAGGUAAGUAAGUCACCAAGAUAAAAGUGUAUUUUCAUUAAAUCACAAAUGACCUGUCGGUGCGUUAUCACGUACACGGCAGUUAGUGCACAAUCGUUUUUGAAACGAAAACUAGCCCUCGUUAUCAGUAGCGCAAGAACCUAAUCACUUUCAUUGCAACCCCGCGAAGGAGGUCGCGGGCCGAGCGAUAUCACGCACGCAGUCGGUUGCGCGCAGUGAGUGCGCGCAGGCGUGCGCGAUGUGACACCGCGCCUCGCACACCCGCGACACGGCGACAGCACCAGUCCGCGACACUGUCACACCGGCACGACCGCGCACGGGCAUACGGACAUUCGCGGCGAGCGGCGUCCCUGCUGCACCGCACGCCACCAAGGCGACCGCACACCCGGCCCCAGCCGGGAAUGGAGGCCUGCUGCGCGAUCAGAGCGGCCGAGGACCUUGUGGGCGACCAGAUUGUCCCGGGCGGCGGCCGUUGGGGAGCACCACACGCCGCCGGGAUCCUCGACUCUUGGUUUCAGAUGCAGACAUCUGAACUAGAGUCGCUGCUGUGCAAGCAGGAGGGCGCAUCGUUGGCGCCCGCCCACAUGGACCUUUUCGAUGGCGGCACCUCUUCCCGCGACGAUGCGUUCCUCCGGCCCGCCCUCUGGGAGGACAUCGCCUCCUCCAUCAGGAACAUCGACCCCGAGAACGCGAACAUGCUUGCGCCCCUCGGCGCGACUCACGUCAAGCUGGAGGCGGACGAGGUGCUGCUUGAGGAGUGCGCCACGCCGCUGCUCAGCCCCCUCGAAAUCAAGACGGAGCGGCUGUGCGCGCCGCCCACGUACGCGCACCCGCAACCGCCGCAGCACCAGCCGCCGCAGCAGCACCAGGUGGCGCCCUCCUUCGCCAAGUACCCGCCCUCGCGGCUCGUCUACAUGUCGCCGCUGACGCCACCAGGCUCCGACCAAGGCAGUCCCGGCAACUCCAUACAGGGGGCCCCGCGACGGACGCCGCCGCCGCCGUACCACCCGCCGCCGCUGCUGCGCGGUCCGCUGUUGCCGCCGCACCAGCCGCCGCAUCCUCAUCACCAUUCACAGCCGAUGGUGCAGCCGCUGCCGAUGGCGCCGCAGCAGGCGCCGCCGGUGCCACCUCAGCACCAACACCCGCUGCCCCACUCCCGGCUCGCGCCGCCACCCCCUGUCAAGUACAACAGGCGGAACAAUCCUGAAUUAGAGAAGAGAAGAGUCCAUCAUUGCGAUUUCAUCGGAUGUACGAAGGUGUACACGAAGAGUUCGCACCUGAAAGCCCAUCAGCGAAUACAUACAGGCGAGAAGCCGUACACAUGCCAGUGGCCGGAGUGUGAGUGGCGGUUCGCGCGCUCCGACGAGCUGACGCGCCACUACCGCAAACACACCGGCGCCAAGCCGUUCAAAUGCGCCGUCUGUGAGCGAUCCUUCGCGCGCUCAGACCACCUCGCGCUGCACAUGAAGCGCCACCUGCCCAAGACCGCCAAAUGACACGCGAGGAGGGGCGGGGAUCAGCCGCCCGUCACACACACCACUCAGGAAGAAUGCAGCGACAGCAUGUUCCUGGAGUGCGACUUGGACGCUAACCUAAUGGACACAUUCUACGGAGUGCUGUGAUCGAGCACUGAAGUACAAACCCACGCCGCCGAACUCGCGUCGCCACUACGAACUCACUGCAGUCAGCUUCAAUACUUAACGCCGCGUGCUAGCUCAGAUAGGUCUCGUGACAGCAUCAUUGUAGAAACUGUACAGAUGCAAACGUUUCUAAAAUAAGAGGAACAGUCUUGGUCCCUCGACCAGUUAACCAUCAUAUUAAAGUCACAAAAGGUACAAUUAAAAGAAUUACCAAGGAAAUCGCUUUACACUAUGUUAUUGUAAAUUACUAGAGCAGUCUUCUACGCAAUCCAAACGACACUAUUAUCCGUGUUCGUAAAACUCCAAAUGACAAUUAUGACAAACUAAUUUGCGACACCGUUGCUAAAUUAGUUUCGUAUUAGGUAAACGUAGAAUGAGUGUUUAUCGAUUAUUUAUUUCUAGAAGUAAAUCGCAUUACAUGAAGUGGCAAUCAUUGGGUCUAGCCUUAUCAUAACUCACGAAUAAGUUCGUGAUUUACUGUUAACGCAUUUGUUUGUGUCAUCAAAGCUGUUUAGCAUCCAUCUGCCUCAACCCUAGCUUGCCUUAACCUCAGAUCUCGAAUCAAAAUAAUUAAAAACUGAUAAAUAUCACUCGCCGUUGUUUUGAGGUAUAAAUGUUCUUUGUAAAUCCGAAAUUAAGUAAAAUUUAUGUGACAAACCAUCACCAGAUCGAUCCGAAUGGUGUGCGUUCCGGUAUGUGUUUCGGAAUAUAUGAUUCUCAUAAUUGAUUAAAAUAUAUAAAUUCUGUAUCCACUUGCUAAAUUUUAUUGGAAAUUUUAAUAAUAUAUUAAUUGUAGUAGAUGUGUAAGGUUUAGGAAAAUUGCUCAGUGCAAUGGUGUCGCUACGUGAACUUUUUUACGUAAAAGCUCUAAGUAUUCAUUAGAUAUGAUUAGUUAAUUUAUUGUAAGGUAUUAAACUAAGAGAGCAAGGAAUAUCCAAGAUAUUAUCUUUAUAAUAUUAUUAUGGAAUAAAUAUCAGUAAGUAGUUAGCUAUUAGUAUUACGCGGCCGCGUCUUCGGAUAUUACGACCUGGGUUGUGUUUCAUCUAGUUUUAAUUCACGCAUCACUUGCAUUAGCACAUUUAAUAUAAAAGUGUGUGUUAAUAAUUAUUUUUAUAUAAAACAAAAUAAUUUUUAGACAUACAUAAACGCUCGGCUAUUUUAGAGUAGGUUAAUGUAUGUAUUAUUGUCAAUUUGCUGCCGAGUCUAGUCUCGAUAAGCAAAGAUUUUAACUUUAUCUAUUCAGUAAAUCUACGCGCCUUAAAAUUAUUAAUAAUUGUAUCCUUAUUUCACAAUAAAUGAGUGUUAGUACGACUGCGAAUGAUUGAAACCAUAUCCAUCCAGUUACGUUAAAUUUUAGUUUAGUUAAGUAAUGGCUUCAGGUCGUUCCAUUCGGACACGCACAUUUUUACACUUUCUAGUCUCGAUUUAUUGUAGAUUUUUUUACCGUGUACGUCAUCACAUCAUUAACAGAUGUAUUCAUUUAACAUUCGCUUUGUCGAACCCUUAUGAUAUCUACUUAAUGUAUGCCAUACGAAAUACUUAACGCCUUGUGCUUGUCAUUCGAAACGUGAACUAGUACUGUAGCAUUCGUUCAUUGAAAUGUCAUAAAAAUAAGUUUAUGUGUAGAAAAUGUUAAUACCUCUGGCAGGUACUAAAAAAUAGAUGAUAGUUAUUUUGAUCCGAACUAUCUUGGGGAUAUAAUGAGUCAAAAACACAUUUUAUUACGUGAACUAGUUACCUUCAGAGUUAAACCAAAUCCGUAAGAUAUACUUCGAAACUAAGAAUAAUUGACAAAAUCAGCCUUAUUGCCUCCGUCCUUAUCAAUAUUUGAAUUGCCUUUAGACAGUGCCUUAGAACUAUUAUAGCCAAUUAGUAACAGAAACGUGAUCCAUUAUUAGUUAUGGUCAUGAUGGCAGGCAUCAGCGAGGGACUGAAAUAACCAUAUUGUCGUCAUUUCAUUAACUGAUCUUAAUAACUUUAAUUAAUGUAAUGAGAAUAAAAUGAAUAGAUUAAAACUAAAUAAUCAGAUAGUAAGUGAAACCCGUAACCCAUAUACAAACAAUCCCAGACAAAUUGCGAUGUGCUGUCGACAGAAAAUUUGUUUAACAACUAUGCCAGUUCACAAUUUUUUUUUGGAAUUGUGGUAUAGUUAACAUUGUUAACCGAAGCCAGCACAUCAAUUCUCAAUACUAAAAGAGUUUCUUAGUCUUAACUGAUGGAAAAAAAUCGUGACGUCGCCAGUGAACGCACACAGUCAGUAUUUCAAACAGCUGUUCGACCUCUGAGAAGAAAAUAUAUUUUAUAUAAAUAAAAAAAGAUUGUUUUCCACUAAUAAUCCUGCCAAAAUGACGAUGGCUGCUAGAGGAUACGGUUCAAAAAGAUAAUUUUAAGAUACUUUAAAGUAUUUCUAGAGAACAAUGUAGACCAUAUAUAACGAGGUACACUUAUACAUGGAGAUUUGGUUUUAUGUGGAAAAUUGCGCUAAUGUUAUCGUGCCUAGUGAUUGCAUUGGUUGCUCUGAUAGGCUACUUUCUUUCCGAAAUAAGACAAACAACAUCAAAGCGAUUCUAGUUGCGGCAAAGUAAAAAUUUCUGUUUUUAACAAUUAGUUCACAGUUUUAUAAUUUUAUCACUCUUUGCCGAUAAAAUUUUAAUUUAUUUCAAUGCUACUUCUCUCAAUUCUAAGAUAGUUCAGCAAAUUCUUAAAUAAAAUAACAGAAUUAUAAAAAGUUUAGAAAACCGGAAUCAUUCUAAACUAACAAAUAAAUGUAACAGUAUACAAAAAUAUUCACUGCUAAUUGUUUUUAAUGUUUCGGGAAACAGAAAAUACCACAACUGUACAUUCCCUAAAAGGUGUUCCAUUUUUAAAUAUGGAUGUGAGAGAAAGAUGCUAAUUUACUUUAAAUCGAUCGCCAUUUUGAAUAGUCACUAGAAUUUCAAGCUAUUGUAAGUUAUAACUUAACUGAUGCCCCUUUCUGAUAGCGCCUUUAAUAUAUGUAUCGUUUUAAAGCUUAUAUUUAAUAUGCCUUAAUAUUAUAUUUAUACGAAACAAAUUGUACUGAUAUAUUGCGGUUUGAAGAAAUGCCUUCCUAUUAAAACAUUAGAAAUAAUGACGCCCUAAAGAUACACACAAUCUAACUUCUGUUUUGAAGUUAUCAAACUCUGAAAAACAUUGGAAUUAUAAUUACAAGAAACACAUACUUGCUGACGACAUUAGUCCCCAUAAAAAUAGAAUUCAUCCACUAUUUUCAAAUUAGUUUCAACUAUUAUAACUGAUGUCAACUAAUGUAUAAAAUAAGUCAAGCCUGAUCAAACUGAAACGGAGCAUACAUUGAUUUAAUUAUUAUUAGCAAUACUUUCCAUAUUCGAGUUAAUAUUAGAAUCUAUAGACCAUAGAUUAAAGUAUUUUAUUAGUAUUUAACCACGAGAAAGAAUCUCAGUUUCUGAAUAAUCAGUUAUUGGAUAUCAUGAUUCAUGCUCAUUCAUUUUCCUUUUAAAAGUUAAUUUUAUAAUGACAGCUAACGCAUUUUCAUCUUUCUAUCUAGGGCACAGCUUUCGUUUCAGUUUGAACAUUCCUUCUACAGUAACACACUGACUAUUUUCCAUUGGAUCAUUAGUAUACUCGAAAUACAUUACAUAGAUAUAGGUAUAACUUUAUUCUUGCCACACUUUCUUGCAUUUAAUUUGUUAAAGCCUAUUUGAACUAUAUAUGUAUAAAUACACCAAAAGGUACUUUUUAUUAUUUUAGGAAUACGGGGAUAAGUAUCGUAUACACAACCUCUAGUCUUGCACUUUACAUUAUCAUGCAAAUAAUUGACAUAAUAUUGACUAGAGUGCGUUAUACUAAUAUUUUCGUUCAUUGUACCUUUUUGUCUAUAAAUGUAUUGAGGGCUAAAAAUAAAUGUGCGGAAAUAGGAUUAAUUAUGUUGACAAUGAUUGUGCAUCGUCGGUCGCAACGUGGAGUAUCAGGCACGGUACUGCGCGCUCUGGUGACGAUAGAUGUAUGUAAGCGACGCGUGUAUCCUUGAGUCAUAUGAAACCGAAUAAUUGCCAUACACCUGUUUGUAGAUGCCAUAUUUUAAUGUAAUUUUAGUUUCUACGUGAAGUAGACGUAAGUUCGUACUUCUGUAUAAAUCAUAGCGUACCUCACUGCUCUACUCUUGCUUAUUCCUUGUACUUUAUUGUUUUUGUUUAUUUCUUUAAUUACAUUUGUAUAAUUUUAAAUUUUCACUUGUAAUGUUAUUUUUAAGCACAUAGUUAAGUAUGUUGACUAAGUCACAAGAUAAUUUAUUACCAAUGACAUGUUUUUAAUUUUUUAUAUACCUAUUUUUAUAGUGUAAAACGUUGAGAUAUAUUAUUGAUGAUAUAGCUAUGCUCUUAAUGUGUUUCAAAUGUAUAUUUUGUAGAUGUUGCCAGAGUGUGAUUUACUAACAUUUUGUUAUUUGCCACGUUAUGUUCUAGGUAUAAUAUUAUGAAUUAUAUUUUUAUCUGUCCAUAGACCUCUCUGUGAAAGUCAGUAAAAUGUUUCGAUGCUUUAAUUAAGCUACAUUGGACAAAUGUAAAUAUUGUGAGACCAGUGAGGGUGAAUGCCUACUAGAAUAAGAUGAAUCGUUGUGAAAACAUUGUGUAGUGAGUGGAAAAUUACGCACAACAUUUUUAUUAAUAAUAUCGUUGAUAACCUGUAGGCGACACCCGAUGUACACGGUCGUGGCCACACAAUGUGCAUUAUUGUCGCGCUAGCUUGCACCAUAGUCUCCGAGAGCCUGCAUGCUGAUCAGUGACCACACAGGUUGGGGAAUUCAUUUAGCAGCUUGCUCUGAGAACAGACUUCUCGUCAUACGUAUUAACGACAUUGGUGCAAGGUGGCCAGAUCAACAUAUUAUAUUAGGCAUUACCACAAAUACAAAUGAUGUUACUGCAAUUUUCACAUUUCAAAACAAAUUAAACUUAAUCACAUAUA